AUGGAUUUGGUGAAGCACGUGACGAAGCUCCCAGAAGGUGCCUCAACAGUAGAUGAAAAGAAGCACAAGGAGAUGAGCGACUUUUUUCGUAAGGCCAACAGCUGUGCAAAAUCCAUGAUUACCACCGCGGUCACGGACUCGGUGUACCAGAAUAUCAUGGACAAGGAGACAGCACACGAUACGUGGGAAGCUCUGAAAAAUCAGUUUGAAGCAACAGCGAAGGACCAGAUUGACAUGGUGGACGAUGAUGAAAGACGUUGGCGUCAUUUCAAUCCAGAAAUUCCGAAGCGAUCAGGAAAAAUUGGUGAACUGGAAAAGUUUGAUGCUACUUUUUUUGGAGUGCACUUUAAACAGGCCCACACAAUGGAUCCUCAAACAAGAAUUCUUAUAGAGACUGCUUAUGAAGCUGUUAUAGACUCGGGUAUAAACCCUAAAAGUUUACGUGGAUCAAAAACUGGAGUGUACAUAGGAUCUUGUAUAUCUGAAUCGGAAAAAACCUGGUUUUACGAAAAAGUUUCUUCUGGCGGUUUUGGUAUCACUGGGUGUAGUAGAGCUAUGAUGGCUAACAGGAUUUCAUAUUGCUUAGGACUGGAGGGUCCUUCGUUUUUACUUGACACAGCUUGUUCAAGCUCAAUGUACGCCCUAGAUAAUGCAUUCAGCGCAAUUCGUAACGGGGAGAUUGAUGCUGCAAUAAUUGGUGGAUCGAACUUACUACUUCAUCCAUUUGUAACGCUCCAGUUUGCACGACUUGGCGUUUUAGCGCCAGAUGGAUUUUGCCGUCCAUUCGACAAAAAUGCCAAUGGUUAUACUCGAUCGGAGACUAUUAAUUGCCUAUUUUUACAACGAAAACGAGAUGCUAAGAGGGUUUACGCAAGUAUCGUAUAUUCAAAAACUAACUGUGAUGGAUACAAACCAGAGGGUAUAACAUAUCCGUCCGGUACAGUUCAAGAAAAGUUACUUGACGAAUUUUACAAAGAGAUUGACUAUUCACCAAAAGAUAUUGGUUACUUGGAAGCUCACAGUACUGGAACUGUUGUUGGUGACCCGGAAGAGUGUAAAGCUAUCGAUAAUGUUCUAUGCAGUCAAAGGCAAGAACCGUUGUUAGUUGGCUCCGUAAAGUCAAAUGUGGGUCAUUCAGAAGCGGCUUCCGGGAUCUGUUCACUAGUUAAAGCUUGCUUUGCUUUUGAAACUGGACUAAUUGCACCAAAUAUAAAUUUUUCAGAGGUUAAGCCUGUAAUUGCUCCAUUAGCCCAAGGAAGGUUGGUUGUAGUAAAAGAUGUAACUCCCCUUCCAAAGCCAUGCAUAGGAAUAAAUUCGUUUGGAUUUGGUGGAGCUAAUGCACAUGCUCUUUUACACGGCUAUUUCAAGUCAAAGACAAAUUUUGGAUUGCCCUUAGAUGGUGUACCAAGACUUCUUACCUGGGCUGGUAGAACGGAGGCUGCUGUUGAGGAAAUAUUUAAUGCCGUAGAAAAAAAACCAUUGGACGCCGAAUUCAUCGGAUUACUUCAAAAUAUUCAAGAAGAAGAUGUGUCCGGUAUGGUGUUCCGGGGCUACGCAGUUUUUGGCAAUGAAGGAAAAGAACCGACCAAAUCAUUAGUAAGAGAUAUUCAACAUUACACUGGACUCCAGAGACCUAUUGUUUGGGUUUAUAGCGGAAUGGGCUCACAGUGGUGCGAAAUGGGCAAAUCUCUUAUGAUAAUUCCACGUUUUCGUGAUUCCAUCCAAAUAUGUCAUCAAACGCUACUCCCGAAAGGACUUAAUCUUAUACAGAUAUUAACUUCCAAUGAUCCUGAAACUUACGAAAAUAUUUUGAAUUCAUUUGUGGGAAUUGCAGCUGUACAAAUUGGACUAACAGAUGUCUUGCGAUCUCUUAAUUUUGAGCCAGACUAUAUAAUUGGCCACUCCGUUGGUGAAUUGGGAUGCGCAUAUGCGGAUGGUGGACUGUCUCCACAACAAAUGAUUCUGGCGGCCUAUUACCGUGGUAGGGUUAGUGUCGACCUAGAAAAAAUAAAAGGUGCAAUGGCAGCAAUCGGAAUUGGCUACAGAACUAUUUUACAUAUGUUGCCUGAUUCCAUUGAAGUGGCUUGCCAUAACGGUCCCGAUUCGUGCACGAUAUCUGGACCAAUUGAUGAUGUAAAUCAAUUUGUAAGUGAACUAAAAGACAAAGGAAUUUUUGCCAAGACCGUGCCUUGUUCGAAUAUAGCUUAUCAUUCAAAAUAUAUUGCCCAUAUGGGGCCUCCUUUACUGCAAUACAUGAAAGAAAUUAUACCGAACCCAAAAGCUAGAACAACAAAAUGGUUAAGUACUAGUGUUUCUAAAAGUGACUGGGAUGAAGCUGAACGCAAACUUUGCUCAGCUGAGUAUCACACAAAUAAUUUAUUAAACAGUGUACUUUUUGAAGAGACAUUUUCUAUGCUUCCCAAAAAUGCAUUGACUAUUGAAGUGGCACCACACGGACUGUUGGGUGCUAUAUUAAAACGUUCCAUGCCGAAUGGCAUACAUAUUCCACUUACCAACAGGGGAAACAAAAAUAACGCACUGUAUUUCUUAUCGGCCCUUGGAAAAGUUUUUCAGAAUGGAGUUUUACUACCGGUUGCUAAAUUAUACAAAAAAAUUGAAUUUCCGGUUUCUCGUUCAACACCCAGCAUAAGCUCGCUUAUUCGUUGGGAUCAUAGCGAAGAUUGGUUCGUCACAAAAUACGAAAAUAUGAAAACGAAAUCCAGCGGAGAGCGUAUUUUUCCUGUUAACUUAGCAAGUGAUAAUGAAGAGUUUAUGAGUGGCCAUGUCAUAGACGGAAAAAUUUUAGUACCAGCUACGUGCUAUUUGCAGUAUGUUUGGGAAACAUUCUCUUUAAUGUACCAUGGUCCGAGUUAUAUGGACGUACCUGUCGAAUUUGAAGAUGUACGAUUUAUAAGAGCUACAAAUAUGCCCAGUAAUGGAGAAGUAGAAUUGAACGUUAUGAUUCACUAUGGUACUGGACAUUUUGAGAUAACUGAAGCGGGUAACUUAGUGGUUACCGGUAUUAUUCGUGAAACUAAAGAUUCAAUCAUUCCGGAGGUUUAUUAUUUUCAAGAAGAAUCUGAGUUUCCUAUGAUUUCUAAGAAAGACUUUUACAAAGAAUUGAGAUUACGUGGAUACCAUUAUAAUGGUGCAUUUAAAGCAGUUCAUUCAGCCCGUUCUGAUGGUCUCUUUGGCAAAGUUGAAUGGAAUUACAACUGGGUCACUUUCAUGGAUGCAAUGCUUCAAAUUCAUAUACUUGGAACUGAUUCACGAACCCUUUUACUACCAACGAAAAUUCGAAAACUCAGAAUUAAUGGCGUUCAUCAUUUCGAUUUAAUGACUAAAAUGGAUUCAGAAAAUCGCAUCUUUAACGUAUAUGUAGAUCACAAAUUCAACCGGAUCAUAGCCGGCGGUAUUGAGCUAAUAGGAUUACAUGCUAGUCCCGUUCAAAGACGUAGGCCUCCUGGUAUUCCUGUCCUUGAAAAAUCUGUUUUUCUGCCUUAUUCUAUGUCUAAAUUGCAAUCUUUUAAAAAUGCGGCUCGUAUUUGUACUCAACUUGCUCUUGAGAACAAUCUCACAUUUAAAAUGAAGUUAGUGGAAGUAGAUACAGAUGGUAGAAAAACAGUAUUAAGCGAUUUUAUUGAAUCAAUUGAAGACUUACCAGUUAUUACGGCUGACUAUGUACUUUUUACACCACAAAAGCUAGAGGACAUCCCGGGAGUACACAUUGAAAAUGGAAGUCUUUCUUCUCAAACAAAUUGUCAUUUUCUGAUAUGUGGAGAAAUAAAUCAGAGUUUAAUUGAAGCUUCUAAAAAAUCUCUUGUCGAAAAUGGAUUUUUAUUAAUUCGAGAGAAAGCUUAUUCGAACAUUAAAGCAUGGGAAAUUUUAGAGAACUUUCGAACGAUUACCAUAAUUCCAAUUGAAAACAAUGAAGAAACAUUUGUUUUAAUGCAAAAAUCAAAGCAAAACAUAACGAUUCAGCCAGUCGUUGUAAAAGUAUCUCAAGAUGAUAAAUGUUUUAAUUGGAUUGGAUUAAUACAGUCAGCGAUAAAUUCAAAAACACCAGUUAUUGUAUAUUCAUUCAACGAAGAAUUUAAUGGUGUUGUAGGAUUAGUAAAAUGUUUGAGAAAGGAGCCAGAUGGUAAUUUAGUUAGAUGUUUCUUUAUAGAUGAUAAAAGUGCUCCCGAAUUUGAUUUGAACCACCAGUUUUAUUUGGAACAGCUAGCUUUAGGCUUGGCAUUCAACAUUUAUCGCAAUGGUGCUUGGGGAACUUUUAGACAUUUACCAUUGCUUAAAACUGAUAAGCGAAUGUCUAGAUUGGAUCACAUCUAUGGAAAUAUUAUUCAGCGUGGAGACUUGUCAACUUUAAAAUGGUUUGAGGGACCACUCUCUCCACAGAACUGCAGGAUAAAAGUGGCAUAUUCAUCUCUUAAUUUUAGAGAUGUAAUGCUUGCAACUGGUCGAUUAGCGGUUGAACUGUAUGGAUCUAGUCGCAUAGAUCAAAAUUGUGUUCUCGGCUUCGAAUAUUCUGGGAUUGAUAUGAAAACUGGACGUCGCAUUAUGAGUAUGGUUGUUAAAGGAGGUGUGGCAUCUUAUGUGGAGCAGCCUUCGAAGCUUAUAUGGAAUAUUCCUGAUCAUUGGUCAUUAGAAGAGGCCGCCACGGUGCCUGUGGUUUAUAUAACGGUUUACUAUGCAUUCUUUAUGGCUGGUGAUAUAAGAAAAGGAAAAAGCAUUCUUAUACAUGCCGGAACUGGAGGCAUUGGACUGGCUGCAAUUAGGGUUGCCUUAGCAUAUAACUUAGAAGUUUAUACGACUUGCAGCACACCCAAAAAAAAACAAUUUUUAUUGAAAACCUUUCCCAAACUAAAAGAGUCACAUAUUGGAAAUUCCCGAGAUACAUCAUUUGAGGUAAUGGUGCAGCGUGAGACAGAUGGAAAAGGUGUGGAUUUUGUAUUAAAUUCGUUGUCCGAGGAAAAGCUACUUGCUUCGGUCCGUUGCCUCGGUAAAUCAGGACACUUUCUGGAAAUUGGCAAAUUCGACAUGGCAAAUGAUAAUAAGAUUGGAUUAGGAUGCUUUUUAAAAGAGAUAACAUUCCAUGCUGUGCUUGCUGAUGGUCUUCUUGUAGCUCCCGAUGAAGAUAUUUGGGUAAAAUUUACAUCAAAUUACAUAAUGGCGAUUAAUAAUAUAAAUAAUUUUUUGUAG